CCUCUACACAACCUAGGGCUUUACCCCCGUACAACCUUCAUCACCGUAUACUACAUAAAAGAAACCAGCACAAAACCCUAAUCCACCCGCGCGCGCACGGAGCUCAACGAAAAUGGUGAAGUUUUUGAAACAGAACAAGGCAGUGGUCCUCCUGCAGGGGCGGUUUGCCGGCCACAAAGCCACCAUCGUGAAGAACUUCGAUGACGGCACCCGCGACCGCCCCUACGGUCAUUGCCUGGUCGCCGGUAUUGCCAAGUACCCUAGCAAGGUCAUCCGCAAGGACUCCGCCAAGAAGCAGGCCAAGAAGUCGCGCGUGAAGGCUUUUGUCAAAGUCGUCAACUAUAACCACAUCAUGCCUACGCGCUAUACGCUAGAUGUCGACCUCAAGGACAUCGUCGCUGCUGAAUCGCUCUUCUCACGUGACAAGAAGGUGACGGCCUGUAAGGAGAUCAAAGCCCGAUUGGAAGAGAGGUUCAAGACUGGCAAGAAUCGAUGGUUUUUCUCUAAACUCAGAUUCUGAGGUGGAAAAAUGAUAAGAUAUUGUGUUUUUUGUUAUUUGGAAGAUUUACUGUGUUUGAUUUAAAUUUUAUUGCUAGAUAUUUUAACUGUUGGUUUUGAUUGAGCUGAUUUUGGUUAUAAAUAUUAUCCAUUUUUAAAUUGUUUUUUAAUACAUUAUAAUUCAUGUAGUUGGUGAAAUACAUUGAUCAGGUUCGAAUUGAUUCCGUGGUUAUGAAUUUGUUCUUGUUUUGGAUGAUUGUAUCCAUAUUGAUUAUUAAA